AUGGUUAAACGAACACAUCAUAUCUUUUUUCUUUCGAAUUGGGAACCUAAUUUUCAUUGUUCUCAUGCUAGUCGUAUUGGCAAUAUGGGUGAUGGUGGAAAAUGGGUUUGUGAUCUUUAUCGACUAAAAUCUCGUCGUGAUUGUCUGAUCUACAGUGCAGGAUCCCAUGGAACAUUUUCAUUUGAAACUGAAAUAAAAAAAGUCAUGCCUCAUUGUGAAAUCCAUACUUUUGACAAAGAUUUCUAUGAAUGUCCGGAUGGCAUCUGUAUCUUUCAUCAGAUAAUGCUCGGUGAUGGAAUUAAAUCGAAAGGUUCAAAGAGCUGGACAAUGAUUCUUCAAGAAUUGAAUCAUACUAAUCGCCAAAUCGAUAUAUUUAAAAUUGACAUUGAAGGUGGUGAAUAUUUAUUUUUUCCUCAACUUUUCAAGUCGACGAAAAGUUCGUUUCCUCGACAAAUUCUUGUUGAAGUUCAUCCAAGAAAUCCAAAAAUUAUACAUUCAUUCUUCGAGCUGCUUCGCAAAAAUAAUUAUGUUAUCUUCAACAAGGAACCAAAUCUACGAGCAAGCAGUAAAGCUUUUGAAUACGCUUUCUUAAAACUAAAUUCACGUUUUUUUGAUCACAACAACACGAAUCGAUAUUCUUGA